UUUUUGAGGAUAGUUGGAUUUUCAGUUAGUUUGUGGAUGAUUUAAGUCGACAUGGAGAGGUUUCGUAGCUUUUUAUUUAUUUUAGGAUUAUCGUAUUCUGCUUUCUGCCGAGAAUUAACAACAGUGGUACCUGAUAAUCUCCCAAGAGCUUUUCACAAUUAUGACGAGGUGACGAUACGUGGUGACGUCAUGGUGACAACAAGAAGACCGACACUGUCCAUCAUAAGAAUACAGGCAGACUCCAUUAAGUUGGAUAUAGGGCUCCAUUCAAAGACCCUACAAAUGACAUUCCGUAUUGGCAGUAAGACUAAGACUCUUGAAAUACCAUCCGACAUUUUGAAAAGGAACACAAGGGGGAAAUUCCUCAUACAAUUUCAUGAUCUCCAACAGACACAGAGUAGCGUCUCCCUUUAUGUGAAUUGUAAACUUGCCGGCCGAUUCAAGACACUUCCAACCAUCAGGGACGUAGUGAGACAUGAUAUGAAAGUGAGCAUGCACACGAGGUUUAGAGUCUAUGCUGGCACCCCUGUUGAUGUACUCCUCAAGGAGCAGGGUUGUGAGCCUGAACAAAAAGCUCCAGAGGGUGAGGACCAGCAUGUCGAUAUCCUAGAACUAGAUCCUUCAAUCCUGAAUGCUGCUGUAGCGGACGCUGCCGUUAAUGUAGAUUAUUUAGAUUAUCAGCCAAAUAUACCCAUAGAUCCUGUGUAUGACCCUGUGUAUGACUCAACCAAAUUCAAUAGACAAUACCCAACGCUUUGCGAUGUUUUGCGCAAGGAAAAUUCGCGCAAUAGUGGUUGUGGUAGUUCCGCUCCCGAACCACAGCCACAGGGUUUUAAAACGCUAGCUGGAGGUCUAGAUACAAAUGCGUUGCUGGACAGUAUUGCUGAACUCACCAAAGCUAUCAAAAUCCUACAGACUGGAAUGCUAGAGCAGACCUCCGCAACAAAUAUGUUAAAGGACAUCCUCGCAAACUGUAAAAUGUGUCGAGAUGAUGGAACAAGUCCUCCCAAGUGUAAGGAGGAUGCCUGCUACCCAGGAGUGCCCUGUUACGAGACACCAGGCGGGCCAACAUGCGGUCCAUGCCCAGCUGGUUUCGUAGGUGAUGGCAAGAAUUGCAAACGAGCAACUGUAUGCGCUGAUGGACCAUGUUAUCCAGGUGUCACCUGUGUGGACACGGCGAAUGGCUUCAAAUGUGGAAAUUGUCCCGAUGGCUUUAGAGGCACCGGUAUUGGGAAAAAUGGGUGUAAAGGUGUGACGUGUAAGUCUAAACCAUGUUUCCCUGGCGUAACAUGUGAGGACUAUGAUUUGGGAUAUCUAUGUGGACCUUGCCCUGUAGGAUACACGGGAAAUGGAACGCAUUGUACAGAUAUUGAUGAGUGUGAAGUUGCGCAACCAUGUGAUCGGCUUGGAUUUUGCAUAAAUACGAUUCCCGGUUUUUCAUGCACACCCUGUCCAGAGGGAUUCACAAGUCCUGAAGUGAGAGGUGUUGGUAUAGAAUAUGCUAAUAACAAUCGCCAAGUGUGUACUGAUAUCAAUGAAUGUGAAGAUGGCGUAAAUGGUGGAUGCGUUCCAAACUCAAUCUGUAUUAACACGCCUGGAUCGCGUAUUUGUGGCGACUGUCUGCCUGGCUUCAUCGGUAGCGCAACCGAGGGUUGCAAAAGAAGACCGCCAAAUAUAUGCAAAGAUGGCGUUGUUUGUGACGGUAACGCAAUUUGUAAAAUCAGACGAGGACUGAAAGAACAACAAUGUGAAUGUCGUGUGGGAUGGGCAGGUGACGGCAAAUUAUGCGGGCGAGACACAGAUCUCGAUGGCAUCCCCGACCAAGCACUUCCAUGUAGCGACAGACGAUGCAAGAAAGACAACUGUAAAGACACUCCCAACAGUGGUCAGGAGGAUGCUGAUCGGGACGAGAUUGGAGAUGCUUGUGAUCCAGAUAAAGAUAAUGAUGGAAUUGACAACACACCAGAUAAUUGCCCCCUUGUUGGCAACCCUGAUCAGAAAGACUCGGACGAGGGGAGUCCAGAUAAGUUCGGCGACGUCUGUGACAAUUGUCCAACUAUUCCCAAUCCCGAUCAGUCUGACACUGACAAAGAUGGCCUUGGAGAUUUAUGUGAUCCUGAUAUUGACAAUGAUGGAAUUCUCAACGAGGACGACAACUGUGUCAAGGUCUACAACCCAGACCAAGCUGAUUUGGAUGGAGAUAGAGUCGGGGACGCCUGUGACAAUUGUCCAGAAAUACCAAACUUCGAUCAGUUUGACAAAGACGAUGAUUUGAUAGGAGAUGCUUGUGAUACAAACGCUGACUGUGACCAGGAUGGUAUACAAGACAGCAAGGAUAACUGUCCAAGGAUUCCCAAUGCCAACCAGAUAGAUACGGAUAAAGAUGGCAGAGGUGAUGUUUGUGAUAACGAUGAUGACAAUGAUGGUAUCUUGGAUCAAGAUGACAAUUGUAGGAUGGUUUACAACCCUGAGCAAGAGGAUUUUGAUGGUGAUGGUACCGGGGACGCCUGUCAGGGAGAUUAUGACGAAGAUCAGACGCUAGAUCAUAAUGACGUGUGCCCAGAGAACGCAGAUAUCUCGGCUACAGACUUCCAGGCUUACCAAACCGUGGUGUUGGAUCCUGAGGGUGACUCACAAAUAGACCCUAACUGGGUGAUUCUAAAUGACGGUGCGGAGAUUGCACAGACAAUGAAUAGCGACCCUGGUCUUGCAGUUGGUUACACAGCGUUUGGUGGGGUUGACUUCAGCGGUACCUUCUUUGUGAAUAGUGAGGUGGAUGAUGAUUAUGCUGGUUUUGUGUUCAGCUACCAAGAUAGCUCUAAGUUUUACGUGGUAAUGUGGAAGAAGACCCAGCAAACAUACUGGCAAUCAACUCCAUUUAGGGCAGUUGCAGAGCCAGGGAUCCAGCUGAAGGUUGUCAAUAGUACAACUGGCCCAGGGGAGAUGAUGAGAAACUCACUUUGGCACACCGGGGAUACACCCAACCAGGUGCGUCUCUUGUGGAAGGAUGUCAGAAAUGUUGGCUGGAAGGAAAAGACGGCAUACCGUUGGGAAAUGAUCCACAGACCAAACAUUGGACUCAUAAGGAUUCUGUUGUAUGAAGAUACUGAACAAGUGGCUGAUUCUGGAAACAUCAUUGACCACACAUUGAAGGGAGGUCGUAUCGGAGUGUUCAGUUUCUCGCAGGAAAGAGUCAUCUGGUCUGACCUUGUCUAUAGAUGUAAUGGCGAUACUCCUGACGAUUAUGAGGGAGAGGCUCCUAGCCCAUAUGACUACUAUGAAUAUUAUGAGGACUAUUACGAUGAGAAUGGAGAUCCUCUCACUGAUGACGUAAGGCGUAAUCGUGAAUUUAAGUGUGACAAAAGUGGCCCAGCUGCUAGAGCAGAAGAAAGAAAAGUUGACAAUAGACCUACAUAUGACUUUGAAACCGAUGAUUAUGAUAAUCUUUAUGAACCAGGAGUUACAAAUACUAACAGGGAGUAUUCAUAGUUCAUGUGUUGUGCCCACAUUUAUAAUUCAUGACUUGUACCUGCAUUUCCAAUUCAUGAGUUUUACCUGCAUUCUGAGUUCACGCAUUCUACUUGCAU